AUGAAGUUCAUCAUCAACACGCUACUGGUGCUCUGCCUGGCUCUUCUGGCCCUUGCCGCAAAGGAGCCGGAGAGACAAGUGAUCAUUAGCUACCCGAAGAAUACCCCGUCUAGUGUCUUGGACGAAGCGAAGAAGGUCAUCUUGGAUGCGGGCGGGUUCAUCUCCCACGAAUACCACAUAAUCCAAGCAUUCGCUGCCAAAUGUCCUGCCAAGGUGAUUGAGAGCGUGAAAGCAUUGGGCGAGAAGCACAAUGUCAUCAUUGAGGAAGACCAGAAGAUGAGCAUCAAUUCGUAA